AUGUUGCUCAUUCUAUUUCUGAUUCUAGGCAAUACCAUUUCCAGUGCGUCUGAAUCAGUCAGACUGGUAAAUGGCAACAACUCUUGUUCAGGAAGAUUGGAGGUUUUCUAUAACAAUCAGUGGGGAACAGUGUGUGAUGACGGCUGGGAUCUCUCAGAUGCUGCAGUGGUGUGUAGAGAGAUGGGCUGUGGGGAUGCUAUUGAGGCAAAGAGUGGUGCUUAUUUCAGACCAGGUGGGGGACAAGUAUCAAUGAGCAAUAUUGGGUGCACUGGAAAUGAGCCUAUGUUGAGCAGUUGCAGCUCUAAGAAAGCGGGAGAGUUUUACUGUGACCAUUCAAAAGAUGCUGGAGUCAUAUGUCGCUCACUUGUCAGAUUGGUGAAUGGCAGUCACUCCUGUUCUGGACGAGUGGAGGUUUUCUAUAACAAUCAGUGGGGAACAGUGUGCAGUAAUGGCUGGGAUUAUUCAGAGGCUGCAGUGAUAUGUACAGAAAUGAGCUGUGGGAGUGUUUUCGAGCAAAGGAUCGGUGGUUUUUUUGGCCAGGGAUCAGGACCGGUAUGGCUUAGUGAUGUACAAUGCUCUAACUCUGAAACUACUCUGAGACACUGCACUUUUCAGGGAUGGGGACAAAACUCAUGUGGACAUGAGAAGGAUGCUACAGUCGCCUGCGACCGCAGAAUCAAGCUGGAAAACGGCUUCAAUGCUUGCUCUGGUAGAGUGGAGAUUUAUAAUCGCUGGGGAAACAAUUGGGUAACUGUGGUUGGUGAUAACUGGGAUCUAUCAGAGGCUGCAGUGGUGUGUAGGGAGAUCGGCUGUGGGGAUGCCAUAGCAGCAAAGGGUGCUGCUUAUUUCGGGCAGGGAAAUAACGGGUAUCCAGUAUGGUUGAAUGAUGUCAACUGCAAUGGCAAUGAGCCCACACUCUUUGCCUGUGAGUCCAAAAAAAUAGAAGAUUUCCAGCUGCAUUACAAGGAUGCUGGUGUCAUCUGCCAAUCUCUUGUUAAGCUGGUGAAUGGCAUUAACUCUUGCUCUGGGCGAGUUGAAGUUUUCUUUGAUGGCCGGUGGGGAACAGUGUGUGAUGACGGCUGGGAUCUCUCAGAUGCUGCAGUGGUGUGUAGAGAGAUGGGCUGUGGGGAUGCUAUUGAGGCAAAGAGUGCUGCUUAUUUUGGACAAGGAUCUGGACCCGUAUGGCUAAGUGAUUUACAGUGUGGCAGUUACUCUACUCUGAGAAACUGUAAUUCAAAGGGAUGGGGACAAAACAGCUGUGGACAUGAGAAGGAUGCUGGAGUCACCUGUCAACGUGAGUACAAAAGCAAAAAAUUAACAGUAUAA